GCCCGCUGGUGGAGCGGCGGCGGCGGCGGCGGCGGCGGCAGGCAGUGCGGCGGGGCGGGAGGAGCGGCCGCCGGCCCAGCCCCUGCGCAGCAUGGCUAAGCACCACCGCACUCCGGCACGCAGCCCGGAGCCCGUCAUCGAGGUCAAGAGCAAGUUUGAUGCUGAGUUCCGCCGUUUUGCCAUGAAGCGCUCCAGCAUAGGCGGCUUCCAGGAGUUCUACCAGCUGAUUCAGACAGUCCACCAAAUCCCUUCUGUGGAUGUUCUCCUUGGGUAUACGGAUGUCCAUGGAGAUUUGCUGCCCAUCAACAACGAUGACAAUUACCACAAGGCACUCUCGUCUGCCAAUCCUCUGCUUCGGGUCAUCAUUCAGAAACGGGCCUGGCACACAUGGAGCAAUCCCAGAGGAGGCUCGGUCCCUCGGGGCCGGAAGGCAACACACAUCCCAGCCUGGUGGCAGGAAAAGGAAGCUGACACCAGCGUCUUUGCCUCCAACUCGCUGCAGCGGAAGAAAAAGGGACUCCUGCGGCCCGUGCACCAGCGUGCCAAGCAACACCUGCUGAUCGGGAUGCCGCAGGAUUUCCGCCAGAUCUCCUCCAUUAUCGACGUGGACAUUCUGCCCGAGACGCAUCGGCGGGUGCGGCUCCACAAGCAUGGGUCGAACAAGCCCCUGGGCUUCUACAUCCGGGACGGGGUCAGCGUGCGCGUGGCCCCCCACGGGGUCGAGAAGGUGCCUGGGAUCUUCAUCUCACGCCUGGUCAAGGGGGGCUUGGCCGAGAGCACCGGGCUGCUGGCCGUGAAUGACGAGAUCUUGGAGGUUAAUGGCAUCGACGUGGCAGGCAAGUCCCUGGACCAGGUCACGGACAUGAUGGUGGCCAACAGCCACAACCUCAUCAUCACGGUCAAGCCGGCCAACCAGCGCAACAACGUGAUCCGCAGCAGCAAGGCUUCAGGCAGCUCCGGCGUGUCCACGGACAGCACCCCCAGUCAGCAGACGCCCAGCCCGGCUUCCCAGUACCUGAGCAACUGCAGCACGGCCGAGGGGGAGAGCGACGAAGAAGGCGACCUGGUGAUCGAGAGCGAUUUGCCCACCGGUUGUCCCAACGGCGGCCUCCUCGAGAGUCUUCAACACAGUCUCUCUCUGUAUAGCUCUCAGGGCUCACUGCCUUCACUGAACAGUCACAGCGGCAGCGGCAGCCCGAUCCGGGGCAGCCGAGCAGGCAGCCUCCGGGAAGAUGGUACAGUCAUCACGCUAUAGCCACGGACACAUCUCCUUUUCGUGCCCCGUAUCGCAGCAUUUCCAAGGUCAGUUUGGUGACCGCCUUAUUCCUGGCCAACAGGACUGGCGUCUGGGGCACGGGCAGGGCUUCUCCAUCCGGAUUCCAAGUCACUACCCAGUCCUUUUAUCUCUCUGACCUUUCCACGCGCACUGCCUCGUGAGUACAACGGGUGCUGUCGCCAGCUGCCGUUGCAAAGAUGGCAGCCGGGAUCGGAGCAAUAGGGGUGGGCGGGAACAAUCCACUUCCUCCAAAUCCGCUUCCUUGUCCCCAUCGAACCAAAGUUAUGGGGUUUUUUUAUCACCUUCUUCCCUCCCUUCGGCCCCUGCCUGCGCUCCAGGUGGAAAGACGGGGCUGCCUCUCACAGACUCAGACAAUUCCUGCCCCUCCUCCUUCCAUGAAGUGUUUCUUUUUAGUUGUUUGUUUUUAUGAUGACAUGCAUCACAGAUUAAUAUAUUGCAGCGGACUAUUAAACUUUUUUUUUA